AGUUACUCAAUGCAGAUUGUCUUUCAAGUGCAAAACAGCUUACCUGGCUGCAGGAGCCAGCCUUUGGUGGCGCUGCGGUUAGAGGCUAGUAAUAGCAAAGCUGGUGUUUUGUGCAACCUGUUGGCAAAAGUGAAAGCCAGUGUACCCCAGAGCUGGCGGCAGCUUCCGGGAGUGCACUUGUGAGGAAUGAUGGCAGAUGCGCGCAGAAAACCUUGGCAGAACAGGCAGGUGGGAUGUCUUCUCUUUCUCUGGUGUGUGUCUGUGGGAAGCGCGGCCACCAUCCGCUAUUCGGUGGCGGAGGAGAUGGAGAGCGGCUCAUUUGUGGCUAACGUGGCUAAGGACCUGGGGCUGGAGGUGGGGAAGCUGGCUGAGCGCGGGGCGCGGCUGGUUGCUGAGGGCAACAAGUUGCAUUUCCGGCUCCACCGCAAGACCGGAGAUUUGUUCGUCAAGGAGAAACUGGAUCGCGAGGCACUCUGUGGCAAAGCUGACCCAUGCGUGCUGCACUUUGAAAUUGUUCUGGCAGAGCCUCUGCAGUCCUUCCGUGUGGAAGUCAGAGUAUUUGAUAUCAAUGACAAUGCCCCAGUUUUUCUAAACAAGGAGCCUCUUUUAAAGAUUCCCGAGAGCACCCCUUUGGGCUCACGCUUUCCACUGCAGAGCGCCCAGGAUCUAGACGUGGGACUCAAUGGUCUCCAAAACUACACCCUGAGUGCAAACGCCUAUUUCCACCUGCACACACGCUUCCGAAGCCAUGGGCCCAAAUAUGCGGAACUUGUGCUGGAUAAUCCUCUGGAUAGAGAGGAGCAGCCUGAAGUCAACUUGACCAUUACAGCAGUGGAUGGCGGGUCCCCUCCUAAGUCUGGCACUGCCAAUAUUCGAGUGGUUGUCCUGGACGUCAACGACCACGUGCCCCAGUUCUCUCGUCUGGUGUACCGCGCUCAGGUGCCAGAGAACAGCGACAACGGCUCUUUAGUGGUGGUGGUGACUGCCACGGACCUGGAUGAGGGCACCAACAAGCAGAUAACUUACUCUUUAGCUGAAAAUCCGGAAGCAGUUCUCCAGACAUUUCUUGUCGAUUCGCAAACUGGAGAGGUACGACUCCGAGGGCCCCUAGAUUUUGAAACCAUAGAAACAUAUGACAUUGACAUUCAAGCUACAGAUGGAGGGGGCCUUUCUGCCCACAGCAAAGUCUUGGUGGAAGUGGUGGAUGUAAAUGACAAUCCUCCGGAAGUGACAGUCUCCUCAGUGUCUAGCCCUCUUCCUGAGGACUCUCCGCUCCAGACUGUAGUGGCCCUCUUCACUAUCCGAGAUCGGGAUGUGCGAGUUGGAGGAAAAAUCACCUGCUUCCUCAGAGAAGACUUGCCCUUUGUAGUCAAACACACAUUCCGGAAUUCUUACUCGCUGGUCACUGACAGAAGCUUGGAUAGGGAGGAUGUCUCUAGCUAUAACAUCACCCUCGUUGCUAUGGAUACUGGACCACCCAACCUGUCCACAGAGACAGUGAUUGAAGUGCUAAUAUCAGACAUAAAUGACAAUCCUCCGGUCUUUCAGGAGGACUCCUACAUCUUGACUGUUCGUGAAAACAACAGCCCUGCCAUUUUUAUUGGCAAAGUCCACGCUGAGGACCUAGACGUGGGUGAAAAUGCCCAGGUAACAUACUCCCUGCUGCCUCCGAAGAGUGGAGAUCUGUCAGUCUUUGCUUACAUCUCUAUAAAUUCAGACAACGGAAAGCUCUACGCACUAAGAACCAUGGAUUAUGAGGCCAUCCAAGAUUUUCAGUUUGUGGUAAAGGCAACGGAUGGGGGUUUUCUGUCACUGAGUAGCCCUACUGUCAGAGUGGUUGUCCUCGAUGACAAUGACAAUCGUCCGAUGAUCUUGUACCCACUGCAGAAUGGCAGUUUGCCCUGCAACGACCUGGUGCCCAGGUCUGCAGAGGCAGGUUACCUGGUGACCAAAGUGGUAGCUGUUGAUGGUGACUCCGGGCAGAAUUCUUGGCUUUCAUACCAUCUCCUUAAAGCCACUGACCUUGGGUUAUUUUCUGUUCAGAGACAAAAUGGGGAAAUACGUACACUGAGGCAGAUAUCUGAGAGAGAUCCGAUGAUGCAGAAACUGAUCAUUCUUGUUCAGGAUCAUGGCCAACCCGCUCUCUCCACUACUGCCUCACUCAACAUCCUGCUGGUAGAUGGCUUUUCAGAGCCUUACUUACAGUUCCAGGAUCCAUCCAAGCAUUCUAGAAAGGUAAAUCCAACCACAAAAUAUUUGGUCAUUUCUCUGGCCGUGCUUUCUUUUCUUUUUCUCUUCUCUGUCACUGUGAUUUUUGUUAUACACCUCUACCAGAAGAUUAAACACAGAGACAAACUCACGAUUCAGGAGCACUUCUACGAUGACUGUAAUUUCCCUAACAAUUUGGUGCAAGGAAGAGGCAAUGGUUCCUUAUCCCAGCCUUGCCCAUAUGAUAUGUGCUCAGCCACUGGAACUGGCAAUAGUGAGUUCCGUUUUCUUAAGCGAUUUAUGCCCAAUUUCCCUUUCCCCCAUGCCGGAGAGGCGAAAACAGAGGGUGAUUCUACUUUGCCUCCAAAUUCUAAAAGAAAUCGGCCUCGGGGUUCAGAGGGCCGUGCCCGGAUAGGUGAUGACUAUAUGUAAUUCUGACUGACAGCCCGCACGAGAGAAGAGAAACAUGGUGUUAUAAGUCCAUCGUCAAAGAGCUACCAUCCUCAUUGAAACAAGGAUGGGAGUAGACUGCAUCUCUAGUGGAAACAGGAGUGCCUAGUUUGGUAAAAAUGGGAAACUCAGACUUAGGCUUAGCUUAGUAAAAAGCAAGUUUCCUGAUACCUAGA